CAAGAGGGAUUUCAAAAAUGUAUCAAAAUGUAUGUGAGAUACAUUUUGAUCCAAUGGUUUAAAUUACUUCAUCUAAAUCUCAAUGGUUAGGAUGUCUUUGAGCAUCAACGGUCCAAAAUACCAACCACCUCUCCUCAUUGUGUCAUCCUCUCUCUCUACCAUAAUGGGUGUUCCGGCUGAGUCACGGCGGAGAAGUCAAGGCCGACGGGAAUUGCGAUUGACGGCGGAGAUCAUGGACGCCGGAGAUCUACGGCGGAGGACGGUGAAGAGAUUUAUGGAAGAUCUUGGAUCUGUUGUGAGCGGUGAGGAGAGAAAUGCGAUUGAUGAUGUGAUAAGGCAUGUGGUUCAGGAGGUCAAGUUAUUGGCUAAGAAGGAAGAUCGGGAGGGUUUGAAUUCAUCUAUCAACGAGCUUCUUCUUCUUGGAAUGCAAAGCAACCAAACAGGGUCGGGAGCUUGCAUAUAGUCAGUGACAGGGCAGAAUAAUCAACCUACCUGACAUGUGGGUUGAUCUUCCAACUUAAAUGGAUUGAUCGAGCAUUUUUCUGAUUUUUGAUUUCUUAAAUGGAUUUAAAUUUAAAUUUUUUGAAAGUUUUGGGCCUGAAAUGGGUUUCAUUUUUCUGGUGAAUAUUGAAAUGGAGACAUUGUUCUCUGCUGCAUUGGACAACGAAUCGAGCAGUGAUAUAGACCCGAAACCUGAAAAGGGUUUCACUUGAUAGUCCAGUGUAUAAAUGGGUUUCACUUGAUUUUGUGGGUUUGAAGAACAUGUGGAUUUUCCUUAUAAAACAGUGAAUGAAAGGAAACCUGAUUUCACCUGAUAAAACAGUGAUUGAAACAGUGAUUGAAAAACAGUGAAGAAAUACCAAGUGAAACCCAUUUAUUCUAUAUACAAAAAGGAACCCAUUUAUUCCAUUUGUAGCUCUAUUUUUGUAUAAAUUUAA